AUGCUCAGCGGAGCUCAGCCCAUUCUGGACGAGGAGUGCUGUUACCAGGAGGACUGCUGUUACCAGGAGGACUGCUGUUACCAGGAAGAGUGCUGUUACCAGGAGGACUGCUGUUACCAGGAGGAGUGCUGUUACCAGGAGGACUGCUGUUACCAGGAGGAGUGCUGUUACCAGGAGGACUGCUGUUACCAGGAGGACUGCUGUUACCAGGAGGACUGCUGUUACCAGGAGGAGUGCUGUUACCAGGAGGACUGCUGUUACCAGGAGGACUGCUGUUACCAGGAAGAGUGCUGUUACCAGGAGGACUGCUGUUACCAGGAGGAGUGCUGUUACCAGGAGGACUACUGUUACCAGGAGGACUGCUGUUACCAGGAGGAGUGCUGUUACCAGGAGGACUGCUGUUACCAGGAGGACUGCUGUUACCAGGAGGACUGCUGUUACCAGGAGGAGUGCUGUUACCAGGAGGACUGCUGUUACCAGGAGGACUGCUGUUACCAGGAAGACUGCUGUUACCAGGAGGACUGCUGUUACCAGGAGGACUGCUGA